AUGGCUAAUGCUUGGAAAAGAGACAAACCCAUGAAACCCCUUGUGUUCCUCUUCUCUGCAACUAUCGUCCUCAUCUUCAUCUUCUUCUUUUUCGCCACCCGCCCUUCCGCCGCCCCCGCCGCUGCCGCCGCCAACGACCCCACCAUCCGAACCAAUCUUCCGAUCUACCGAAUCCCGCCGUUCAAUUGCGAGGAGUGCCCGCAGGCGUACCCCGUCAUCGCCAACGUCGUUGAAGGGCUCCGCUAUCCCUUCAUCUACUCGCUCGCCGAUUUGGGCAGCUUGCCGGAGAAGCCCCACAAGAACAUCGUCCGAUUCCUCAAGGGGAAGCCGUUUCGGAGGCCCGAUAUCUCGGCCACGAUUCAGGGAGUUCUCGAGAAAUUCAAAGGGGAAGGGAGGGACAACGGACUGGUGGUGGACGUCGGUGCCAAUGUCGGCAUGGCCAGCUUCGCCGCCGCCGUCAUGGGUUUUCAGGUGCUUGCUUUUGAGCCAGUUUUCGAGAAUUUGCAGAGGAUUUGUGAUGGGAUUUACUUGAAUCGUGUGGGGGAUUUGGUAACGGUGUUCGAGGCCGCCGCCUCCGACCGCCCUGGCAAUAUUACCUUCCACAAGUUGGUUGGUCGGAUGGACAACAGUGCUAUUUCAGCGACUGGCGCAAGGUUGGCUUUCAAGAAUAACGAAGAAGUGGCAGUUCAAGUAAGAACCAUCCCUCUCGAUGAUGUGAUCCGGGAAACAGAGCCUGUUCUCCUGCUCAAAAUUGAUGUGCAAGGUUGGGAAUAUCAUGUGCUGAAAGGAGCUUCCAAGUUGCUGUCAAGAAAGGCUGGAGAAGCACCCUAUAUAAUCUACGAGGAAGAUGAGCGGCUGCUGCGAGCAAGCAAUAGCAGUGCAAGAGAGAUUCGAAAUUUCCUUAAGGGUGUGGGUUACAAUCAUUGCACGCUGCAUGGUACAGAUGCACACUGCACCAAAUUGGGUUAACAUGUUCUUCAUACCUUAGGCUUUGCCGCGAGAAACAGAACCAAACUACCAUAUCGUGGUUGGUUUGUAUAUAAUUUUCUGAAGACGGACUAGUCAUACAUGAUACUGUCAGAUAAAUUAGACAAUGGUCCAACAGAUAUCAAUGUAACACAGCGGGUGCCUGCAGUCUGUAACGUGCGUUGGCCAUGAUGGUUGAGGGCAAGCUAUUUCGGGAAACACUCCGUCAAUACAUUGAAAGGAGAUCGGUUCAGAAGAAGCUGCUCGUUGAGCUCAACCGGAUUUAUCUACAUGUGUUGGUCGGCACGUUGCAGUGUGCCCUUGAAGGCUUUUAAUUGUAAAAUGAUUUUUCGUUAACUGAUCUUUACUGAUGGUUGAUACAUUCAAAUUUCUAUUCGAUUUGUUGACGAUGUCAAUUCCAAAGUUUAUUAGGAGAAUUUUCUCUUGUAAUAAGAAAAAGUAGAAAUAUUCGAAUUUUCA